GGCCGCAACUCAAACAUUUGUCCACUUGUCUGUUAAUAAUUGGCCGAAUGGGCAGUAAAAAGCCGCAUGCAUUUUUUUAUUGGGCAAAUAAAAAAUAUAUAUAUAUAUAAUCCCGAAAUUCUCAUCUUCUUCCCCCCACAAACUCUCCGAUUCAGCCGCGUCUCAGCCUCUUCGAUCCGCUUCCUCCGCCGAUAUUCAUCAAUGGCUCCGUCCUCCAACCUUAGUCGAUGGCUGAGGCCUGAGGUUUACCCUCUUUUCGCGGCGGUAGGAGUGGCCGUCGGAAUCUGUGGAUUUCAGUUAAUCCGUAACAUCUGCAUCAAUCCUGAAGUCAGAAUCAGAGUUACCAAGGAGAAUAGGGCUGCUGGAGUGUUGGAUAACUUUGCUGAGGGAGAGAAGUAUUCUGAACAUUUCCUGAGGAAAUUCGUACGCAACAAGUCCCCAGAAAUUAUGCCAUCAAUCAACAACUUUUUCACUGACCCAAAUCGAAACUAAGAAGGCUAUGAAUGAAUUACACAUUAGAUUGGAUGUAGAUUUGAAUUUGAAUUUGAAUUGUUGGUGGGUUGGUGGCUGUAAAAGUUUAAACUAUGCUCUGCUUUUACGUUUGCUUUUAUUGUUCAUUUGAGAAAGUUUGAAAAACAAUGGAUCGAUAAAAAAUAAACCAUUCUGAUCCAAAAUUUAAUUUCAGAUAUCAUGAAAUUCUGACUUUCAUCUUUGCACA